UCCAUUAUAAUUCCGACUCUUCAAAGCGCGCGCGCGUCGUCUCUUAAACUUAACCAGCUAUGGAGAGCAGUAAUAGCAAUAACGACUUGAUCAAUGCAUCGAAUAAGCCAGUAGUCGACACGAAUAGCAGCAACAGCGGCGACAACGAUCCAAUUCCUGCUGAUUCAGCAUUACAAAGAACAUUACCUGACAAUGUCAGCAUUGGUUCACCAUCUACUGCAUCGCCUUCGGUACGGUCCUUGACCUUAUCCCCAGAAGAUGAGCGACGUGCUACACCAACAACGAGAAACUCUAUACAAAUGUCGCGUGGUGGAAGUACUCGGCAGCGAGCAAGCAGCGACAAUACGGCAGCACUCAUUGGUCACCAUUUGACGAGUAAUACCGCCUUUUAUGAUAUCCCAGUGAACGACGCAUUUUCUGAACUCGUUGAACGCUAUAUUCCACCGGAUCAACGUCCUCAACGUAACACUGCCACCACUGCAGAAAACCCUGAAGGCAUAGUCAAUCUUGUGGUGAGUAUAUUUCUGUCCUGUGCCAAACUGCUAAAAUAUCAACUUGACACUGUAUGCCUUUUUCUUUGGGGGAAAAAUAGAUGAACAAUAUGUGGAGAGCAGUUGCACGUUAUGCACGACAACAACUCGUCCAAUCCAAUCCAACCGACUUGGAACAAAUCUUAGAACUAUGGUAUCUGCGUCUAUUAGCAUUGACCAAACUUGGCUUGUAUCAAUUGGCGUCGGCCGAACUUGAUAAACUGGGCGAUCUGAGUCGAGCUGAAUUGA